AUGGCUAUAAAAGAGACGGGGACUCUGGCGCAUCUCAGCAUCACCUGCGCUCCCAUCCUGAAGAAGAAAAACCAGGCAAAGAAAAGAAGAACAAUGCGUUCACUACUGAAGAUCAUCGUUCUGCUCUUUUGCGUUCAAGCCGGAGAAGGACACUGGCUUAGAACGCUACUGGACAAAGACCUCCGCGGUGAAGAACGAAGAGGAGGUGAUGGUGAAGAAAAGGAGGGUUCGGGGAGGCAGUUGGAAAGGGUGAUUCGUUUGCCCCGCAGCGUUGAGUCCCCUUGCGCCUUGCACUCCAUCCUCCUGCAGGUGCGAGACCUCGGUCUUGGCUACGACUCAGAUGAGACAGUGCUGUUUAAGUACUGCAGCGGGACCUGUCCUCGCCUCGCCUCCAACCACGACCUCACGCUCACCAACCUCCUGCAAAGCGGUGUCCUUCAAUACGCCGGCCAUUGGCACCAUCAGCCCUGCUGUCGCCCCACACACCACGAAGACAUAGCCUUUCUCGACAACCUCCAUCGCUGGCACAAAGUGGAGAAGCUCUCUGCUGCUGCAUGUGUCUGUAUGGGCUAG